AUGGUACCCACAGCUACACCCACUUCAAACUCCGUGGAAAAUGGCGCUGCACAUCAGCAAGCAAUUGCUGAAAACAAACGAGCAUUUGACGAAGCAUUUGCCGAAAAGUACGAGAAACGGGAUUCACAAAUACUACUCAGUUACUUAUUUGUCAAACACAUUUUGGAAUUUGAUUUGAGUGUACCUGUCAAAAGAAAGAGCUUGGAUGAAUCAGAGCCCUUGUUGGGAGAUGGGCAUUUACCAUUUAAUGGAUUCACUAGGGAAAACACCUUGCCUGAUCCAGCUACCUAUUUAACCAAAUUCCCCAAUUCGAUUUUCCGCCCAGGGAUGAAAAUGUUGGAUUUUGCUUGUGGGACAGGUAUGGUGACUGAAUUAUUUGUUCCGUAUCUCAUUGGUGGGGAUGCGAGUGGUGAUAAUGGAACCAAGAGUGAGAUAGUUGGCAUUGAUAUAGGACCUGUGUUUUUGAAAUAUUUCAACGACAGAGCAGCCAAGUUGAACAAUGACCACCAAUUGUCAAUGAAAUCUUACGAAUACGACGUUCUUGAUCCGGAAAUUGAGCCAGAAUUGGCCCAAUUUAACAAUCAUUUCGAUUUCAUCUUUUCGACAAUCUCAUAUCAUCAUAUACACAAUUAUGAACAAGUGACUACGAAAUUGGCCGAUUUUUUGAAACCUGGUGGAUGGAUGUUCAUUGUUGACUUUUACAAUGAGGACGUAGAGCAGAUCGAUGAUGAUGAUGAUGAUGAUGAUGAUGAUGCGAGAGCGAAUGCCCACGAUCGGGAUGUGUCUCAUGGAGUUCAGCACAUGGGUGGAUUGAAAAUCAACAAGUUGAAUCGUACAUUGGGCGACUUGGCGGGGUUGGUUAAUGUGUCGAGUGCUAGAGAGUUUCGAACUACGUUGUGGCAACCACGUCUGUUUAUUUUGAACCAUUCGAAACAGUCAAUGGUUGAUAAGAUGAAUGCUGGUGAGUUGGAGUCAAGGGAUUUGGAUGGAGAGGUUAAUUAUUUGAUUGAGACUAGUUUGAUUUACGCAAUUGGACAAAAGCCGGAAAAAAAAAAAAACCAGUAG